AAUGACUCGCUUUAUUGAUAAGUGCCUUUUUCUGUCAUUAGGCUUCUAGACCAGCUGCCAAGAGCCAAUGUAGUUUUUCUGCGAUACCUUUUUGGAGUGUUACACAACAUUGAGCAACAUUCCUCAUCCAAUCAGAUGACAGCUUAUAUUUUAUCAGUGUGUAUGACCACAAGCAUUCUUGGUCUGCUUAAUUCUGGCAGCACAGCAUUCGAAAACUUCACCAAGAAGAUUUCUUUCAUACAAUUUCUCAUUGAAAACUGUCUCAAGAUAUUUGGAGAAGAUAUCACGUCUCUCUUUGGACCGAAGUCAGUGAGUUGUGAUAACAGUGAUAGCACUGACAUCACUGAUAACAGUGAGAAGGUUGCAGACAAGAAGACAGUUAGCAAGAGUUCUGUCAAAACCUGGGCCUUUUGGUGUAGCUCCAGGACUCGCGAGGACAACCAACACCCACCUCUACCACCCACAAAGCCAAAACAGCUCUUUGGAGCUCCUCUUGAGGAUGUAUGUGAUAACGACAGCCUGCCCACCCCAAUUCUGGUAGGUCUUAUUUUGGUUUUCUGUAACCCUCCUGAGGAGGGGAGUUCUGAGAGAUCAAGUGUUCUCUUCCAAAUCUACCCCCAAAUGAAGAAGUCUGGCUUUGUCUGAUAAGUUUCAUAAUAUUACUUCAAAGAAUAAGGUCUGAUUUAGGUACUGCAGAGUUACAAGGCAAAUACCAGAUGAAAAGGUACUCUCAUCCAUUCCACUGAUUUCAACAAAGACCCACCUAUACUGGCUCAGGCCAGUUAAAAUGGACUCUGUAAGGUAAGGGAGUCAGAGAAGGCGAGGUUGGGAGAAAGCAUGAGACCAGCACUUGACAGGAACAGA